UUCUUUUCUUUUCAUUCCCAAUUUUUUUUUUUUUUCACUUCAUUUCGUUUUCGUCUCCGUCGUCUGGCUCUCCGUCGUGACUCUUUUGGCAUUCUCCUGCCAUGACUCCGGGGUGCCUUGGAAUGUUGACUGGUUACGACGGGUUGACGUUGGUUAGUUCAUCGACUCGACGCUCAGGACGAGAAAAGAACAAACCACUUUGGAUUCGACGAGCCACGGACUGAUCACGCAUGUCCCGGUUCUUUGUUCUGGUCUACAACGAAAACGACAGCAUCGUGAUGACCGACUUGGGGAGCAGACGGCCCAUCCAACCUUCAAAUGGCGGUGGGAGCGCAGUCCGCCAGGUGGCAUGCCAGCAGGGCAGCUUGGGGUUGAUGCCCGGAUUGCUCCACCCAACAUCUAACUCCCACGUCACAUUUCUUUCUUUUCCUUUUUUUCAUGAGCAAUCCUUCAUCAUCUCCCUUGAUUUUAUCUCCCUGUAUCUUGUCCCCUUAUUUCCCUCCUCCCACAUUUUCCACCAUCUUGCCUUCUUCCUCUUCACCCCCUUGUUUAUGAGUGCAUUCGCAGGGCUCCGAUCCACGAUCGGAGACAGACGGGGCCUACUUUCGCCCCUCGUGCCUGCGAGUCUGAACGUACUAUAGAGAGAUUCAACAAAAGAAAAAACAAACCAAACCAAAAGCCACACAUAAUUCCCCCUCAAAAUACAGUUCUGCUUUGUUUACCUAUCAAUCAAAAAUUUCGAUUGUGCCCCC